UUGCAGCAGAGCCAUGUGAACUCUGUCCGGAGGGGUGAAAGAAGGGAUAUAAUGGAAGGUAUUACUUCAUUUCCACUGAGCCGAAAUCCUGGGAACGAGUCCUGUUCCAAACUCGGGGCUCAUCUUGCUGUGAUUGAGGGCAGGGAGGAAUUGAAGACCAUGGACAGUGCUACAAGAAGAGGCUUCUAUUACUGGAUUGGACUGAGUAGAAAAGGGGGAGACUGCAAAUGGCGUUGGGUUGAUAACACUCAGCUUGAUGAGAAGAAGAUUUCAGUUAGAAAUGCAGAAAACGAACUCCAGAAUUGUGCAUUUGUGCAGUAGGAGUCAGUAUAUUCAAGGGAAUGUAACUCAACUUUGCAGUGGAUCUGUGACCAGGAUGCUGUGCGCUUGAGUGGAUCCACAGACUCUUCACUUCAGGAACAAAGAAGAUCUUAUUACAUAGCACUAAUAAAAAAGUGAAUUAAUUACACAAACGCAUCGUAUAUACAUGGAUACUAUAUAGGUAUAUUGUAGGUUUGUAUUCAAAAGUAUUUUUAGGACAUUGCAAAAAUAAAUCUAUCCUGUUCCUUAGUGCAAAUGACAAAGAGGCUGUUUACCAGAAGUUAAUUGUAUCUUUUUUAUGUUUUAUAUUUCUCAUACCAUUUUCCCAAAACAGUAUUAUCAUAUUGGUAGUGUGCAUUUCAUUUAAUUGUUCUAAUAAUGAAGCUGACCUAUUUUUA